AUGAUAAAAUAUAAUGUUUGCUAUUAUCACAAUUCAAUUUUGGUAUUUAUUUUUUUUAGUAAACCAAAAAUUUCUAAAAUGAUCGUCAGUGACGAAAAUCAAAUUAUAAAAAUCAAUAAUAAUAUUAAUAAUAAUAAUAAAAAUAAUAAAAAUAAUAAAUGCACACUUCAUCCAAAUGAUAAUUUAAUAAAUUUUUGUUUGGAUUGUGAAUUAAUACCAUGUUGUAAACGAUGUACUUCUCGUAAUGUAUUUUGUAGUUUAUAUCCUUUAUUUACAACUUUGAAUCAUGUUAAAGAUGUUGUUUUACCAGUUAAUCCUCCUCUUUCUUCCUCUUCUUAUUUAACGACAACAACAAACUCAUUAUUUAAUUCAACUAAAAAUAAUCAAAUUCAAGAAAAUAAUGAAAAUAAUGAAAAUAAUGAAAAUAAAUUUAUAGAAAUGGAUGGAUAUAAAUUUUAUAUAUUUUCAGGUGAUGAAUCAAUUUUUAAGCUUGAAGGUUACAGUAAUUUCGCAUUAAAAGAUAAUUGUAAUAUCAUAUCAAAAUUAAAAAUAUUACCAAAAAAUGUUUUGCUUCUUGAUGGAUUCAAUCAAAAAUUAACCAAAGGUAUAAUACCAGAAGGAAUUAAAGAGUUACGUUUGGGUAAUAUAAAACAAGAAUUAACUAUUGAUUCAAUUCCUAAUACUGUAACAACUAUUUGGUUAUUGGAUGGAUUCAAUCAAAAAUUAACCAAAGGUAUAAUACCAGAAGGUGUUAAAGAGUUACAUAUAUGUGAUAUAAAACAAGAAUUAAUUAUUGAUUCAAUUCCUAAUACUGUAACAACUGUUAAGUUAUUGGAUGGAUUCAAUCAAAAAUUGACCAAAGGUAUAAUACCUGAAGGUGUUAAAGAGUUACAUAUAUGUGAUAUAAAACAAGAAUUAAUAAUUGAUUCAAUUCCUAAUACUGUAACAACUGUUAAGUUAUUGGAUGGAUUCAAUCAAAAAUUGACCAAAGGUAUAAUACCAGAAAGUGUUAAAGAGUUACGUUUAGGUAAUAUAAAACAAGAAUUAAUUAUUGAUUCAAUUCCUAAUACUGUAACAACUGUUUGGUUAUGGGAUGGAUUCAAUCAAAAAUUAACCAAAGGUAUAAUACCAGAAGGUGUUAAAGAGUUGUAUAUAGAUGAUAUAAAACAAGAAUUAAUAAUUGAUUCAAUUCCUAAUACUGUAACAACUGUUAAGUUAUUGGAUGGAUUCAAUCAAAAAUUGACCAAAGGUAUAAUACCUGAAGGUGUUAAAGAGUUACAUAUAUGUGAUAUAAAACAAGAAUUAAUUAUUGAUUCAAUUCCUAAUACUGUAACAACUGUUACUUUAUGGGGUGGAUUCAAUCAAAAAUUAACCAAAGGUAUAAUACCAGAAGGUGUUAAAGAGUUGUAUAUAGAUGAUAUAAAACAAGAAUUAAUAAUUGAUUCAAUUCCUAAUACUGUAACAACUGUUACUUUAUGUGAUGGAUUCAAUCAAAAAUUAACCAAAGGUAUAAUACCAGAAGGUGUUAAAGAGUUGUAUAUAGGUGAUAUAAAACAAGAAUUAAUUAUUGAUUCAAUUCCUAAUACUGUAACAACUGUUACUUUAUGGGGUGGAUUCAAUCAAAAAUUAACCAAAGGUAUAAUACCAGAAAGUGUUAAAGAGUUACGUUUAGGUGAUAUUAAACAAGAAUUAAUAAUUGAUUCAAUUCCUUAUAGUGUAACAACUGUUUGUUUAUUUGAAGGAUUCAAUAAAAAUUUAACAAAAAGUAUUAUACCUGAAAGUGUUAAAAAAUUGUAUAUUUGGGACAAAAAACAAGAACUAAUAAUUGGCCCAAUUCCCGAUACUGUAACAGUUUAUAAAUUAAAUAAAGAUUAA